UCGGUUUGAUUUAUGAAUAAUUAUGUUCCGAUGAUUUCGAUCAUAAACCCAAAAUCUGAUGAGGAAACUGAUUUAUUAACCAAUCAAAACAAUUAAUUUGAUUGAUGAUGAAAUCAUCCGAUUCGACUCAAAUGAAUGGAGUAGCUGAGGGUGAUAUUAUUGCUCACAAGAAUCCUAUCCAAAUUUUUACUUAAACCACAUUUUCAGACUCAGUGAGCUGGCCUUUACUGUUUACAUUUCUAAUUUUCUAUCCACCUUUCAUGGCGAUUGCUCCACCUUCUCUUCACAAAUCUUUGUACGCGAAAUACCCUUGCGUUUCUCAUAAUUUCCGGUUUCGUCAUUCCCUCCGUUUCUCUUGUCGACCGUUCCGGUUCACUGCUACGGCUAGCUCCGCUGUCUCUUUGGAGACGGAUUUAAGCAUUCAGAAGAAUCAAACAGAGGAAACAUACUUGUUUUCUUGCCCUGUGUGCUAUGAACCACUUAUACGAAAAGGCCCGCCGGGUUUAAACUUGGCAGCUAUUUACCGGUCCGGAUUUAAGUGUAAACAAUGCGACAAAUCGUAUUCGAGUAAAGACACGUAUCUCGAUCUGACUGUUACUGCCGGAUUGAGAGACUACACUGAAGUCAAGCCAGCCGGAACCGAGCUAUUCCGGAGUCCUUUUGUAUCAUUUGUCUAUGAAAGAGGCUGGCGUCAAAAUUUCAACCGCCGUGGAUUUCCCGGGCCUGAUGAAGAGUUCAGAAUGGCUCAGGAGUACUUCAAACCUGUAGAAGGUGGCAUUUUAGUUGAUGUUAGCUGUGGAAGUGGUUUGUUUUCCCGGAAAUUCGCGAAAUCCAGAACUUAUUCCGGUGUUAUAGCACUCGAUUUUUCCGAAAACAUGCUCCGGCAAUGUAAUGAUUUCAUCGAGCAAGAUGCUUCUAUUUUGGCUAGCAAUAUCGCUCUUGUUAGGGCUGAUGUUUCCCGGCUUCCUUUCUCAUCGGGUUCCAUUGAUGCCGUACAUGCCGGUGCCGCCCUGCAUUGCUGGCCAUCACCUUUGAAUGCUGUAAGCAUUCUUUCCCAAUAUGUUCUUUGUCACAAAUUAGAGCUCGAGCUCAACUCGAAAUUUGAGGUUGCUGAAAUUAGUCGUAUAUUGAGAAGUGGCGGAGUCUUUGUCGGAAGCACUUUUCUCCGUUAUACGUCGUCUACUCCCCGUAUAAUCCGACCUUUCCGAGAGAGGGUUCUGCAAAAUUACAGUUACCUUACGGAGGAAGAGAUCGAAGCCUUGUGUACAUCUUGUGGUCUUGCCAACUAUACAAGAAAGAUUCAACAAUCUUUCAUCAUGUUUUCGGCCCAGAAGCCUUAAAGCAAGAUUCGGGUUCAAAUUAUUUCAGAUAUAUACAUUUUUUCAAUAUAUCUCCGAUCAUGAUCCGUAAUGAUUAGUUGCAUAAUAUUAUUGAUUACAUACACAUAAUUAAAAAGUAUAUUCAAGUUCUCACAUCAACUCGAAUAAAUA